AUGGCAAACGGUAUCAAAUUAUUUCUAACUGCUUUCCUAAGUUUUUCAGCCCUUAUAUUAGCCAUCAUAGCAUGUGCUGGUUCUACUAAAAAUUAUUAUCCAAUUAAUUCAAUCUACGUCGCACAAUUAGACCUAACUAACUUAAAUAUAGAAUCAGUACUACCGACACUAUCUUCAACGUCAACAUCAACCGUAUUCCCAUCAUACAUAACUAUCGGACUAUGGUCAUAUUGUACAUUAACAUCAAACAAAACUUUCAUAUCAUGUACAUCACCAAGCGGUAUUCAAAACUUUAAUUUGAGAAAUUUAUUAUAUGAUAACAUUCAAGAUAAUCAAGUAUUAACAAUAAUAGAUUCCAUAUCUUCCAUAAUAUUACCAUCCAAUUUACAAGAUAAAAUAAAAUAUUAUAACAGCCUCGUCAAAUGUAUGUUCAUCACUUUAUUGAUAGGUAUAAUUACAUCAUUCUUGGCUCUUUUCUUCGCUUUGGUUAGAUGGUUUAUUCAUUUGACCGUGUUGAAUUUGUUAGCUAUAUGUUUCUCCAUCUUAUCAUUCUUAUCCUUAUUGAUCUCAGCGGGGACAAGUAUGGGGACAUACCUUUAUAUUAGGAGAUUAUUAAAUGAUGAUGAUUCAUUAGGGGUAAAGUUAUAUUUGGGAAGAGUAUAUUUGGGUAUAAUAUGGGGCGCUGUCGUUGCUUCAUUAUUGGAUUUGAUCGUUUGGUCUUUUGUAAGAUCAAGGAGAAGACAAAAUAUUAAUAAUAUCUAUGUUAAUAACGUCGAGACGAAACCUUUAAUUUAUUCAUAA